ACCCCUGCAUUCGAAUGUUCGGGAUCGUCAUUCUCUCAAGGAGAAAUAUUGACAUUGGUCGAAGAACGUAACGGCUGCUGUUAGAGGUUUUAAUUAAUAUUAUUUGUUAUAAAUUCCAAAAGAUGCCACGAAGGGGACGUGCUUCUUCUCCUAGGUCUGGUGGAGGUUCUGGAGGAUUUAUGGGUGCAAAAUCGGGACCCCCCGCUCGUGCUGCCCCUCCUCCACCACCACCAAUGGUAGCUCCUGCCCAGCCCCGGCAGCCUGGACUGAUGGCACAGAUGGCUACUACAGCAGCUGGUGUAGCAGUUGGGUCGGCCGUUGGUCAUACUAUUGGAGCAGCAAUGACUGGAGGAAUGGGAGGUGGAGGACAUAGUGAGCCGGCUCCAGCCCAGGCCCCAGCCUACCAAGAAGCUCCCCAGCAACAGUUUCAGCAGGCACCAGCCUGUCAGUUUGAACUCAAGCAGUUCAUUGAGUGUACUCAAACUCAGUCUGACAUUUCACUCUGCCAAGGCUUCAAUGAACUCCUCAAGAACUGUAAAUUACAAUAUGGUAAGUUUUUAAUGAGGUGAUUCCGAACUCUUUUGAAAUUGAAAUACUUGUGUUGAUACAAGUAUCAGUGUUAAGGAAAACUCUAAAAUGCUUUAAGUAAAAGUGAAUCUAAAAAACUCAUAAUUUUUAUUAUAUAAAACAAUCAUGGUACAUGUAUUACUUAUAUUUAAAUAAAUAUUUAAAAGAAAAAGGAUUUUUUUAUGAGCCAUUUGAUCUUUGGCUUUCUGGGUUAUUUAGGGGGGGGGGGACUUCAUACCACAGGUUUGGUCUUUCAUAUUAGAUGCCUCAUGACCAGGCCUUUGAUAAGGACAUUAGGUAUCAAAACUUUUGACCUAGUAACCUUGGAAUUUGACCUGUUUUUAAACUAAAGGGAUAGGUUAAGUAGAGUUGUGCUUCCUGGCGCGCUAUGUUGUCUUCUGAAAACUCUUUUAGUAUUUUAGUUUGAUUACUCUAUUUCAUGCAGGUUGUAGAGUAGAAAUCCUUCCUAUGUAAUUUAACACAUUGUCUAAACUCACGGGUUUUCUCUCCAUUGAACAACAUUCAAUGAAUGUAGAGAGAAAACCUGUGGGUUCCGACGAUAUUCAAUACAGUUAUAAGGAUAAAACUAGUGUCGAAGUUGGUAGCUAGUUGUCAUUUAUUCCAGUUUUUCAAGGAACACUUUCUGAGAUACCUGCCUAGAGAAAUUCUGUGGAAGCAUUUCAAUAAACAAGCAUGCACAUAAAAUUACUGGUCAGAAAUUUAUCUGAUAAUUCGAAUUCCAUACUCUAAGGGAUUGUGUAGAGAAUUCAAAACAGCAUGUUAGAAUUGACAUGUCCAUCAUGACAUUAUGUAACUGUGGUGUUUGUAGGAGGUUACACACUAGGAAUAUACUAUCAUUAUUAUCAAUUGCAUAUGUCAAGACACUUGAAAAGAUCACUGAUAUAUUUUUCAACUACAUUUUUGCAUGUACAUUAAACUUGUAUAUUUUUUUUAACAGGUUUACAGUAGAUAAUAUUUGUGGAUAUGUGACUAUGGUCUGUGGAA